ACUGGAAAGGAAGUUUCAAAAUCAGCGCCAAAAGGCGAGUGGGAAAAUCUUUGACAGAGAAGAUCACAUCUCCACAUUUCUAAUUUCCUCAAUUUCUUUGUUGAUUUUGAUUGUGAUUCAUCGCCACACGCCACCGCCUUCGUACCUUCUUUUCUGUUUGGUUUCUUCAAUCAUGGCCUUGGGGGAACCCAUUCCCAAAGAUUGAAGAACACCCAGAACCGUGAAGGUUGAAGAAUAAACCCCACUUUGAAUCAUUAUUCAAUUACUCUUUUUUCCUUUUCAUUUCUUUCUUUUUCUUGCACCCAACCAAAUGUAUGCUCUGAAGGAGAAAGUCUCCGAGAGGUUCUCCGGCCUCUUCUCUAAUUCCACUACCUCCGAAUCCCCUAAACCGUGGGCGCCUGAUCCUCAUGCUCAGGCCAGGCCAAAAUCGAAAGGAAGAAAAUCAUUGUCUUCAUAUUUAUCCUUAGUAAUCCCUUCCAUACAUGGAUCUAAACCUUCCGGUUCUCGUCAAGACAGUGAUGCAGUUCAAUCUCCCUCAGUUCGAUAUUGUGAUGCAAACAAUGAUUUCCAGGAGGAAGGCUCAGAUACUCGUUUAGAAUGUAGUAUACUAUGCAAGGAGGAAGAAAUACCUAGUAAUCAGGGUGAAAAUAAGGAUUGUGGUUCAGCAUACGAGGAGGUAAAACUGAAUAAACUAGGAGUUGAUUAUGACUCAGCAUCCCGAAAGAGCACUUGUAGUUCAGAUGGAUUUGAAGAAGCUAUGGAGCAAUCCACUCCAAGAAAUCCUUUAUCAGACCUCAUGGACGAGUCGGCUUUUAUCACUUCAGACUUGUAUGAAUUCCUCGGAUGUUGUCUACCCAACAUUGUGAAAGGGUGCAAAUGGGUCUUACUGUACAGUACGAUGAAGCAUGGUAUAUCUCUUCAAACUCUUAUUCGCAACAGCCACAAUCUUCCUGGCCCUUGUUUACUGAUUGUUGGAGAUACUCGAGGUGCUAUAUUUGGUGGUCUUCUAGAAUGCCCGUUGAAGCCUACAGCCAAAAGAAAAUAUCAAGGAACACACCAGACAUUUGUUUUUACAACGAAAUAUGGUGACCCAAGGCUUUUCCGAGCAACUGGAGCCAACCACUAUUAUUAUAUUUGCUUGAACGAUUUACUGGCACUUGGAGGCGGUGGUAGCUUCGCGUUAUGUUUGGAUGGUGACUUGUUAAGUGGAACUAGCGGACCAUGUGACACAUUUGGUAGCUUAUGCUUGGCACAUAACCCAGAGUUUGAGCUAAAAAAUGUCGAGUUGUGGGGUUUUGCACAUGCGUCAAGAUACUUGACCUGAAGACUUGUUGUAAUUCCUUUCCAAGUUUGUGAUUAUAUUUAAUUAUUUGUGAUUAUAUUAUUCAUUCUCCGUUCUGUUCUUUUAACUAUUUUAUUGAUUAUUCAAUUUAAACUAUCUAUCAUUUAAAAGAAGCCCUUAACUUUUUGGUGUAAUAUAAUUCAUCCCCUUAACUUUUUGGUGUAAUAUAAUUCAUCGAUGUAUCAGAUUA